GGGCCUACAUCUUCAGCCUCUUGCUCUCCUUCGUCGUUCAGUAGCUGGGUUGCCCUGCUUCCUCACUCCCCUCCAGUAUUAUAUUGUUUUUUCCCACCCCCCUACCACUGGACUUGUUCGAAAGCGCGUGAGCAAUUUGCUAUCCGUCGUGCAUGCCCCCCGCAAGUGAAGCUGUGCUGCCUUGUCUUCACGACGUUGUCGUAGAUCGGAUUACCUGAGAUCAUCGACUGGUCUGGAGUGUUGUCAAUGGUAGAGGAAAGGCGUAGAAUCCUGAGGUGGCGUGGAACAUUUGAUCUUUGAGUGCGAGUUUGAGGGCGUUGUGCAGAGGAGAUGGCGAUCGAGGGGUCGGGCGUAGAAACCAGCAAUGGUGGCAGGAAUGCGAAUGCGACCAGCGGGGGUUACUUAGACCACGGGUGGCAGAUGGUGACGAAUCCUAAGAAGCAGAGACGCCUGGAGGUUGCAAAAGCCAAGGGUGGAAAAGAUGGUAAUAAUGGCUCCUCCAAGUCGACGUCAGAUUCGAAGAUUUUUCAAGCCCUAGAGAUCGAAGCGGAAGAGCGGCGGGCGAGACGCGAUGCCAGGAUCGCUGCGGCCUUAGCCGCGGGUGUUGAGGAUGAAGAGGAUAGCGACGAUGGGGAGGCUCCCAAGACGGAGGGAACAGUUGAGGAGACUGAGCUUAAGAAACCCAAAGCCAAGAAGCCGAAAAAGCCUAAAGUUUCCGUCGCCGAAGCCGCAGCUGCCAUAGAUUCUACCGAUCUGGCCACCUUUUUGUCUGACAUUUCGGAAUCAUUUGCGAGCCUCCCUGAUAUACAACUGCUGCGUUGCGCCGACUACUUUGGCCGUGCUUUUUCAUCUGUAACCACUGCUCAGUUUGGAUGGAAUAAAAUUCUUCGUGAAACCCCUAUCGUUAAGUCACUGGAGAUUCCCCUCUGCUACGUACCCGACACGUUGAACAAGAUGUUGGCAGAUUGGUUAUCUCAAAGGCCUGCAGAUGCUUUAUGUAAAUUUAUUGUGUGGAUCUUGAAAGAGAUUCUCGAUGAUGCACAUGCACACGCUGGUUCUCACAAGAGCUCUAAGCAUUCAGCACCUCCGUCACAGAAAACCAAGGUAGGCGUUCUAAUUUUACUGGCCAUAAUUUUGAGAAGGAGGCCUGACAUCCUACAACAACAAGCCCAAACAGUGCGCAACCAAUUUCAAGCUUUGGAUCAACUUCCCACAUUGGUUUGGGCUUACGGUCAGGCUGCUCAAGGAGACUUGGUGAUAGGGAUGUCUUUGUGGGUGCACAAUUUGUUGCCUCUCGCUGUGGGGAAGUCUAGUACGCCUGUCUUGCGAGACACUGCGCUGCAAUUUCUUGAGAGUGUGGUAUUGGUAGAUCCCAAGAAAGCUCGUUCUGUACUCCUUAAUGGGGUUUCGAGGAAAGGAGAACGACUAGUGCCAGCUGCAUCUCUUGAUUCUGUGAUGCGGGCUUCCUUUCCUACUGAGUCUGCUCGGACUAAGGCUGCAGAUAGGUUUCAGGCUGUGUACCCCAUAGUUAAGGAGCUUGCGUUAGCAGGGUUACAGAAUAGCAAAACUACUCGACCAGUGGCUCAGCAGCUUCUACCUCUUAGUGUCGCUGCCUUAUCACAAGAUGUGGAGGCACUUUCACAGGAGGCUUGCAGUAACUUCAUCUGGUGCUUGUCACAAAACAGUGACUGUUACCAACAAUGGGAAAAGUUGCAUCUUGAGAAUUUGAAAGCAAGUAAUCGCGUGCUGAGUUACAUCAGACAUGAGUGGAAAGAAGCUUCUCAACGCCUUGCACCAUUCAUGAACUUAAAGAAGACUGUUAAGGCUUUGAGAUUGAAGCACAAGCAUGUGUUGGAAGACACACAAAAGAACCACGAUUUGCUGGGUCAGGCAAAGGUUGCGGAUGGCCACUGCAAAGCUAUUUUGAACAGGCUAUCGACCUUCCCUUCUUGUGCAAGUGCUACAUUGACGUUGUCAGCUGGUGCCGCCAUAGCUUAUGCUUUCUAUAUGCUCAGCCCCGAUGCGAACCCCUUGAAGUGGGAUGGAUGGCUCCACCUUAGCAACAUUCGCUCUUUAUUUUGAGUCUUGAACUUGUGGAGCAUUAGCCCUGCGUGAUUUUGAGUUCCACUGACGAUUGAGGAUCUAGAAUUUGUAUGCGAAGGCUCUCUCAAUAGGAUUCAAAGAGCCCCAAAAAGCAGAUUAGACAAAACUGUGUUGAUUGAACAUUGAACACAUUAAUUUACAAAUUUCGACUUCAGUAUAGUGAGGGAACUAGCUUUGGUGUACUCUUGACUCAUGGACUGAUUAUGCCUUCUCAAGAGUUGCUUCACGUGCCCAAUUGCCGGUCAAAGCACACAACUUAUUAGAUUAUCCCUUUUCUUUCAUGCA